CUUGGGCGGGAAACGUUGCAAUAUAAAGGAUUCAGUCAAAUAUUGUUAGUUAGUUUCGACAAUCAAGGUGUCUACAAUGAACGUGACAAUAGCAUGUUUGAUGUUGAUUGUGGUGUCAAUCUAGUGUAUAUGGUUACCCCCACGAGAUAAAAUGAUUAUACAUUAACGGCAUAUACAACAAGGAAUGAAGGAUACUUCUAUGAGCCACCAUGUUGUGUGAUGUAGUUGCGGGUCGGUGAGUGUUAUCGCUUCACACAGCAAGAACACAGCGGAUGCCAUGGACGAACUCCAGGCACGCGGUAAGGCUCUUCCGGUUGUCAACAGGGCAGAGCGCUACCGUCAAUUUAAACUGGAUAGGAUGAAACGUAACUGGUUUAAGAACGCUUUCAACACGGUCAAAAACGCGGUCGUGGGCACAGCUAACAAAGUUGGCAACGCUUUGUCCGGUGUCGGCAAUUCGAUGUCAGAUUUCUUUUCCGGCGUCGGCAACACAGUGUCUGAUUUCGCUUCGGGUGCCUACAAGAGCAUUGCGGCGGCGUUAUCCGGCACGGCUAACGAUGUGAACGCUGCACUUGAGAGGCCACCAUCUGAUCAGGUGUCUCUAUUAGCAAAAGCAUACGAUGCCGUUUCAUCAAAGGUUACGGAGCUGAAAGCCAUCGUAGCCUCCAAGACAGGGCCGGCCAAAGAGGCAGCAGUUAAGCUUCUGAACUUGGCAACAGCUCAGCUCGAUGACAUAAGCAGUAAAUUUUGGACUGCUUGGAAUGCUCAGAGGCGUAAAUGAGAAAUCUGGAAAUAAGGGUCGGUCGUUCACAGACGUCUGCGUGACAGUGGCGCGAAAUGGAAACAUAUGAAUUGUGGUCCUAGUUUCCUCUUGUACACUCACAGACUUUAUUACAAGUUAAAAUGCAUGAUUUUGUCCUAAAUUGUUUCUCGUAUACGAAUGCCUUUCAAUUAACCAAUUUUUGUACACGUCCUCUGAUGGUCUAUUGCCACUGCUUGGAAUGCUCUUGUUCAUAUGUAUUGUUGAAACUAUUGUUAUGCCCUUGUAAUGGUGGCAUAUUGCAGUCGCAGUGGCUGUCCGUCUGUCCUUCUAUCCGUCUGUCCUUCUGUCCGUCUGUCCGUCCGGCAUAACGUUUCCCGGAAGUUUUUUUUACGCAAAGCUUUAAAGAUAUAAAUACUGAUAAUUUGAUAUGUUAUUCUACCUACAUUACCUACGUUAUAAAGUGUAAAAUUCGUUCGACUCCGUUGACUCCGUUGACUUUUGACUGAUCUUAAUAUUUGCCAAGGGAAGCAUCUUAUUUAUCAUUUGGCAGGUACAAGGUACAUCUUUGACGAGGGAGGUAAUAUUUUUGAAGGCAUAUCAUCCAAGGUAGGAGCUAAUAUUCAUAGACAGUAAAAUUCAUGGAAAUAUAUUAAUAUAACAGUUUCCGGAUAUCUUUUACGCAAUGCUUUCAUAUAUUGAGCUCAUUUUAUGACCCCGGUAGGGUGGAAUAUACAAUUUGACCCAUCUGUCCGUCCGUCCGUCCGAAAACUUAACAUUGGCCAUAACUUUUCCAACAUUGAAGAUAACAAGUUGCUAUUUGGCAUGCAUGUGUAUGCAUGUGUAUCUCAUGGAGUUGUGCAUUUUGAGUGGUGAAAGGUCAAGGUCAUCCUUCAGGGUCAAAGGUAAAAAAACAAAUCCAAAGGAAGUAAGAAGCUUUAAAGGGAGAAUUUCUAUUUGUCAUUUGGCAGGUACAGAUCAGUUUUACAAGCGAAGCGAUAUUUUUCAAAGGAUAUAAUCAAAACCAAAUAUAAAUAAAUCAAAGCGGCGCAGUAGGGGGCGUUGUGUUUCUGACAAACACAUCUUUGGUCCAUAUAUUUUUGGCUAAAUUUCAUAGCCUUGUUGUUUUUUUUUCUCUUAAGAUAUUUACCGUGCGGUUCGUAAGCGAUGUAGGGGGGAUUUUGUCGCACUCUUGUGUUUUUUGUUAAAAUUAUGUAAAAUGACUUGUUUUUUCAUCUGAUGUUAUUAUUGUUCUUGUGGGUGUUUGUUUACUAUAAAAUGUUUAUUCUUGUUCAAUGAAUAAAUCAUGUAUGCACCUUA